CACAGACAGGAUUCAACAAAAAUUAUCAUCGGUUGUUGGGUAGGUAUUUUGCAACCCGGUAUGACGAUUAUCACAUGUCGUGGGAUGUCUAGUUCCGAUUGCGAGUGUCAUGGGCUUAGUGAUGUAUCGGCUUUGGAUGUGGUGUGUUGCGCUUGCGUUGGCGGCGCUAUGGUUUGCGCCAGCACAGGCUGUCGUCGGAGGCGCCCCAGCCUCACCUCCCGAACCUGACGCUGCGGUUGUCUUCACACAGCGGCACGGGUUCAGCGCACGUAUCGAAGGAAUUAAAGAUGAUAAACUUGGAUAUUAUAGCUUUUAUGGCAUCAGAUAUGCGGAACCACCAUUGGGUCCUCAAAGAUUCCAGCGGCCCAUUCGUCGGUUCCUCGCUGGAGAGAUGAUGGCCAACCGACACUGCUAUCCAUGCCCACAACCAGAUCCUUACCAGCGAAAUCGGAUCAUAGGCCAUGAAGAUUGCUUGUGUCUGAACGUGUAUGCUCCCAAAAUGCCUGCUACUGAAGAAGGAAGCCCAGUUGUCUUCUUCAUUCAUGGUGGUAACUACAGAACAGGAUCAACGGCAUCGUAUGGCGGUCAACAUCUAGCCCAGAAGGACACGAUAUUAGUGACAGCUCAAUAUCGACUGGGAUCAUUAGGAUAUCUGAGCACGGGACAGAGGGAUGCUGGAGGAAAUCUUGGGCUUUUUGACCUGCACACUGCCAUGGUCUGGAUCCAAGAUUACAUUCAAUUCUUCGGUGGCGAUCCAAAACGAGUGGUUGUUAUGGGCCAAGGUUCUGGUGGUAGUGCGGCUUCUCUCAUGGCAAUGUCGCCUGAAGGUCGCAGUGCUACAGGUGUGGCUGCCUUGUCUGGAGCCCCGUUGUCUCCAGGCACGGUGAGACCCGAUCCGGCCAAACACGCUGAAGCUGUAGCUGAACGCACAGGGUGCCCAAAGAAACCAGCUGAAAGUCUACUCAUAUGUUUGAGGCAGCUACCCGUUGAGAAACUUGUGCAGGCCGACGAGGAUAUAAAUAUGGAUAUGGUGGAUACUCAACGAUUUUUGGAAGAGAUCUCUGGACGUUCAGGUGCUGGUGCCAGAGUGGAAGGUGCGGAUGACCUCCGAGGUCUUCCACCAAUAGUAGCCGAGUCUCCAGCUGAGGCUCUCAACAAGAAACAGAAGCGUGUCCCACUGCUCACUGGCGUUACUUCAGCAGAGACCUCAAGAGCUGUAUUUGGAAAAUUCAAUAAGUUCUUAACGAACCAACUUGAAACUGUGAAAGACUUUUUGAAGAAGGACUUGAUCGGUGGUCUGCAAAACGUGGUUCAUGGUGUAGAGGGUCUGAUUCCUCUGGCUUCCAACGUGCAAACCGUGUUGCCUGUAACUGACUACUACGAGGGGUUGCUCAAACAGGCUACCAGUAUCGUUGAUAGACUCUCUGAAGUUGCUGAAGCCACAGGUGACGCGCUGUUUAACUUCCCCGCUUACCAAAGUGUUCAGAAGUGGAGCUCAGGGGGUCAUGCCUUCCUCUAUAGCUUCGAACAUGUUGGGAACCUCUCGAAAGGAUGGCAUUUCUUGCCUGGAGUGGCUCUUGCAGUUAAAAUAAAAAAACACAUUACAGAGAAAGAUGACAGUGAAAUGGUUAAGCCGAAAAAAGCGCAAGGUCCAUCUCAUGGUGAUGAACUAGCUUACAUAUUCGAGCCUUUGGGUCCUGACGGCAAGUCUAUGGGAGAUGAAGUAUCCAGCACCGAUGCUAGAGUGCGUGAUAACUUCGUGGGACUUAUCGCCAAAUUCGCUCACGGAUCUGAUAAAACUGAUGCCAAUAACAACACCCUGUUCGGUUUUGCUGCUAACUUAUUACCUAGAAGUAAAGACCAAUUUUUGAAAAUUGGCGAAUCUUUGACAAUUGAUAAAGAUUUCAGAUUCUGCCAAAUCGGUUUAUGGGGUAAUAUGGCAGACCGACUAACAGGGGCUCUCUGUAAGAAUUUACUUGGGGACUUGUUAAACCUGUCGCAGUUGCCCAUCGACUUGAAAAUACCGCAGCAAUUGGGUGGACAGAACAAUGGGCCCUUAGGUGGCCUCGGUCUUUUGGGCAACACGGGUACUAGGGCGCCUCAAAUACAGAAGCAACCACUGAGAACCACAAAGGCCCCCUUUAGACUACCAUUUGAUUUUUAGAUUCAACAAAUAAUGUCUUAAGCAUACUCCAUUAGUAACUUGAUUGUUAAACGUUCUUUGUUAUACUUACCUAUUCAAUUUGUGUAAAUAUUAACAUUUUGUACAAGUGUUCACGGUGUACUAGCCUAUAGCCAUCCUCGAUAAAUGCGCUAUCCAACACAAAAAGAAUUAUUCAAAUCAGACUUGUAGUUACGGAUA